AUGUCUUCAAAUGUUGGAAAGUCUGAAAAAAAUAGUCUCAGAGGUAGUUCUAUAUGGCUAACUAAAAACUUCAUCAAAAAGGAUGACUCUGGGCCUCAGACGCGAAGUAGUCGAAUACGCAAAAUAUCAGGAGAAGCUUCUAAAGCAAGCUCUCCAACUUCUAAGCCGAAAACCAACAAAAAAACACAAAGUGUUCCUCCUGCUAAUCGGAAACCUUCUCCAAGUACAAAUUCUAGUAAAUUAGUAAUAGCUUCUCCACCAUCCUGUAGGAUGAAGAAGCCCAAGCCCAGUAAAUCUAAAUCUUCAAAAGUGACGAUACCAUUGCAUGAAAAGUACUCAUUCGAAAAGUUCGAUUUCAAAUAUUUUGCUGAAGAAACUUGUAGAAAACAUUAUAGAAUAAAUGUAUCUCAUGCUGAUCAAUUAGUUCGCACAUCCAGUCAGACUACAUUAUUCUCUUUAAAUACACCGUUUGUGAUAUCUGAAAACUCUCUAUUUACUUAUCAGGGAAGCAGGAGUAAUUCGAUUCUUCCUACCAACAUUGAAUUCGAAACCAGUAACGAGCCUGAUCGGGAUGUUUCUUUAUCAUCUGAUGUAUCUGAGAUGGAUACUUCCAAUCCGAAUUUAAAAGCUGAUGUGGAAUGUAAUGAUAUCUUUCAAGCCAUGCAGGAAAUUGUGAAUGCUUGUAUAAACGGGAGUCCUACCGAACAGUCAGAGUUGUUUUCGAAAUAUGAAUGUAUUGGGGAGUCACUUGACUUCUCCUUACUCUCUCGUUUCUUUGGAAGGAAAGAUAAAGAUCGCGAAGAUUCAGCAAAAAAUGUUUUUCAAGCUCUUGUGAACUCGACUGACAAGAACACAACAUUGCUUUUGAUUAAACUUUGUCGUUUAAUAACGCACGGAACACCACGAGUGAUAAACGCGGAGAUCUGUGGAAGUUAUCAAACGUAUGCGAAAGAUCUUCUCGAGCGUGUUGUAUUUCUUAGUGGCCAAUCAGACAUAGGAACUUUAGCAAUUUUCUUGCUUCAUCUUGAGAUUCUCCAUUCAACAUUGAGAGACAGACCAACUCGACAACGUUUGAUAGAAGAGGAAGGUAUUGUUAGUCUUUUCCUCAAUAUAACAAACUGUCAGUUCACAUUCCUACACAACUCUGGUAGUGUGGAAAAUCUUUCUCGUGGAAGCACAGAGUUCAAAUCUCUUUUUGUUCGCUUAGAUGCUCUUAUAAAAGCAAUUGAUAUAGUUCAUCUACUCUCCCAUAUAAAAUCUGCCAAAGAUGAGAUUGUAAAGUUGGAAUGCUUAGAGAUGAUCAGGAAAGGAUUUGAUACUCUUCAAAGUAACGUCAUGAAAGAAUUCCCACGGAAAAGAGUCCUUCAGGACUCUUUGUGUUCAUUGUAUAUGAGCUGUCUUCCUACUGCUCGUUUUCCUCUGAGCGGAAUUCCGUUUCCGCUAAGUCUGGAGUUACCCACAACAAUAGGUCCAAGCAGUAAAGCUACUUCACCUACUAAAAAAGGGUCAUUGCAUAAGGCCAGAAACUCCUUCACAGAAAACCAAGAUGAAAGUCUGAUAAGUGAAGAUGAUCGUUUUGAAGAUGAUGAAGAUGUGUUCACAGAGAACGAGAACAGUCGUGAUGGUGAAAUGCUGAACGCGGACUUUGAGAAGGACUCAGCUUUGUCAUUGGCUAAGCAGAAGUUCUCAGAUCUAUCAGCCUAUGAUCCUUUUUUUUCGGAAUUCACGGAAGAUUCCCUUCCAACACCUUUAAAGGAUUUCGAAGGCUAUUCUACGCAUUUCAAAAACCAUGUGAUGAAAACUGCAUCUGUUGUACCUUUUGUGAAAAUAGCUUAUCCCGAUUUGAAGGAUUCAGAUCGAGAACAGCCUCAACAACCUCUGCUUGUAAGUCAUGAUGGAUUCAGAGAGGCAGUAUUGCAACAAAUGAGUUAUUCCAAGAAGAAUGUAAAGUUCGUCCCACGUACCGUUUACGAUUUCGACGAGCUCUGCAUGAAUUCGCCUUUGAAAUCUUCUCCCCCAAUGACUGUUCUAAGUUGUGAUGAUGCUUCCAGGUUAGGGAAAAUGAAUGUGAGCAAGGACCAUUUGCUUUUUGAAAGCCGUUUCGAAUGCGGCAACCUUAGACGAGUUACUCAGGUUUCAACUCAGCAUUACCAACUCAUUCUGAAUCCGGAUAUCAAUCAGAUAAAUGAUCAUUAUCAAUGGUUUUACUUCGAGGUUUCGAACAUGCGAGCUAAUGUCCCCUACACAUUCGAGAUUAUCAACUGCUUGAAAUCAACUUCUAUGUACUCACAUGGUAUGCAGCCAGUGAUGUACAGUGUUCGUGAUGCUGUGUCUGGCAAUCCCCGCUGGUUAAGAGUCGGUGAUUCUGUUUGUUAUUAUCGCAAUUUAUUUACUGAUGAUACAUUUGAUGCUGAUGGAGAGAAAAAUGGGAAAAGAAGUUAUUUCUCUAUCCGGUUUGAUGUUACGUUCAAAUCUAAAGGUGACGUGUGUUAUUUCGCUUAUCAUUAUCCAUAUACGUUCUCAUUCAUGAUGACCAGUAUUGAUCGAUGCUAUGCGGUUUUGAAUCCUUCAGUGCAUUUCCGUAAAGAUAUUAUUGGUCAUUCUCUCGGUGGAAACCCUAUAGUCAUGCUCACUGCAACUGCUGCUGGCACAAAGCAAGAAGUGGCAACUCGAAAAGUUAUCGUGAUUUCCGCUCGAGUUCACCCGGGUGAAAGUAAUUCUAGUUGGAUUAUGCAUGGGCUUUUCAAUGAGCUUCUGUGUAAUAGAAGUGAAACUGUUGAUAGCCUACUGAGCAAGUUUGUUUUCAAACUGAUCCCCAUGCUCAAUCCUGAUGGUGUAAUAAAUGGCAGUCACAGAUGUUCUUUGGCAGGAGUGGAUCUCAAUAGAGUUUGGGAUAAACCUAAUCGCACUUUACACCCAGAGAUUUUCCACUCCAAGGGAAUUAUUCAAUAUCUGACUGAUGUUUGCCAUAGAACUCCUUGGAUGUUUAUAGAUUUUCAUGGACAUUCGCGAAAGUCUAGUAUUUUUCUAUUUGGUAACAAUCCAGAACAGUCUUAUAAGUCAACUGACAAAAAAAUGCAACAUGAGAACGAGUUUGUAGCUCUUCCUGAAGUUUUAGACAAGAUUUCUCCCUGCUUUUCUAUUGACAACUGUCGUUUCACAAUCGUUCCUUCAAAAGAAUCGUCUGCUAGAGUUACAGUUUGGAGACAAUUCGGAGUGGCCAGAUCAUAUACAAUGGAAUCGACUUACUCCGGUUUUGAAACAGGGCCUUUAAAGGGACUGCAAAUUGGAAUAUUGGAGCUUAAGAAGAUGGGAAGAGAACUUUUGUCUGGAAUAUUAGAAACGAUUAAAGUAGAUAGGAAAAAGAAGAAGAUGAUGGCAUAG